AUGGAACCUCGGGCGGGCACCGCCUCCCGCCGUGGCGCGGCCGAGGCUGGGGAGGCUAGUGGCCGGCGGCCCAGUUCUUCCGAGCUCCCGGCGCUUGACUGUUUUGGACCUCCCGUCGCCCUCCCCGUCCUGAUGGACGACCGCAACGGCUCGCCUGAUUCACCCUCUUCCCCCUCUUCACCUUCUUCGCCUUCACCUUUCCCGGACUUGCCGCUGUCGGCUUUCCCACUUGCUGCUGCGACAAUCCCUUUUCCCGACUUCGAAUUCCCGCCUGCCGCAUCGCUCGGCCCCCCAAGCACCAAGGAGCCCUAUCCAUCCCCACCCGGCACCAUCAGCGCGUCCGCAUCUUCUUCCCCUGGUUCCAAGGCACCCUUCGUGCGUGGGCAUCGUCGCCGCUCAACCCGCGUGACUCGCCGCGACCUUGACAAAUUCAAGAAAGAAGUGCUGGGUGUGGAGACCGCCACGUCCGGCUUUGGAUUCGACGACGACCAUUACCUCCCUAAGCCUCCCAAUCCCUCCAUCGACCCGGAGCUCGCAACCCUGAACGGUGCUUUUGAAGCCGCAACCAUGUCAUUAAACACCAAUGGGGGCAUGACCAGCAGCAGCCCUGGAUCGGCCAUGUUUGCCAGCUACGGCGAUUCCUCCGCUGGCGCCCCGAAUAUGGCGGGCGUUGCCCGUCAGUCCAUGUCGGCGCCCCCGAUGGCUCACCCUUCCGGUCAGGUGAACGGUGGUGGGAUGCCUGGGAUGAACGGUGGAGUGCCCAUGAAUGCGGGCCACCAGAUGGAUCUCAACCACCUCUGGGAUAUGGUGGUCGAGCUGAGCGACGUGUUGAAGUAUAACCGCGAAAUGACGAAGGGUGUUGUGAACAGCGCGGAGGAAAUCAUGAAACGGUCUGAUGGAUCAACCCCGAGCCUGCAGCAGGUGAGCGGUGAAAUUACCGGCGCCCGUAUUGCCGAACUUGAGCGUGCCCUUGCGAAGGAAAGGCGCCUUGUCGAAACGUUGAAAUUGGAGCAGGCGGAGAACGCCAAACUGGUUGGGGAAUACGAGGCGGUGGUGGGCAACAUGGUGGAGCAGAUCCGCAAUUACUGCCAGAACAACAACAUGCACUAUCUGUCUCAGAAGCGCCUAUACAACAAUCUCCUACAAGCCGAGCGUGACUCGCACCUGGACAGCCGCCUGGACCGAGACUACUGGCACGCGCAAACGAUGAAGUGUGCGGAGAUGAUCCGCACGGCCUACCGCAUUCGAUCGGAGGAAGACGAACUACCUGUCCGGAUUGUGGCCGGGUUGCAGAACGAGGUCCGGGCAUAUCGCAACGCUCUCGGGAUGGAGCCCGAGCGACCCGAAGAGGAGUACGGGUGGGAAAUCCUGAAGGAAGUCCCAGGCAGUGCCGACUGAUGUCCCCUCCCAUCCCAUACCCUGGCGGUAUGCACGAGCGACGACAGAUUGGUUACCGAUAUAUUGCAUUCAUUGUAUAGGGCGUUUUGGAGCAGCUGAUUCGCGGGUACGGAUUUUCCCGGCGACGAUACCCAUUGUUGCAUGGCAUGUAUAAUGGUCUUGGAUGGCAGGUCUGGUCUGACCCGGCCGGGGCCUUCUUCUGUGUUUGACCACGCACGUGUAUUCUAUAACAUAACCACAGCCAAGCG